GUACACAGUACUGACCAAGAGGAAGCGUCAACAAAGAUCUAAUAAGACAUUUAAUUCCAGGGAAUACUACGGCUUAGUACCUCCCAAUCUGGCGUCGUUACCAUUUAGGUUCAAAGCUGGAGGCGACGGUAAAAUGCCGUCUGCAGUAGCUACUCAUUCACACCGGCCGACUACGAAAGUCCAGCCUAAAACUUUCAAAUCCAAGAAAGCCACCAAAGGCGCUUUGCGAGAUCAAGCCAAAGGCAAAGUCCCAAACGAAAAAGGCCAGCGCAAAACCCCCCACCAACAAGUCAUGUCUAAAUUCGACCGUCGCAACCAGGCGAAACAGCGCCAAUUAACGAAACACAAGGAACACCAGAAGGGGACUUCUGUCUUCUCCGGACGAGAUGGUGCUCCGAGGAUAGUCGCUGUGGUGCCGCUCUGCUCAGACAUUGACGUCCCUUCAGCUAUCCAAAACCUCAACAAUAGCCUCGAUAUCGAAUCCGAAUUCUCCGAGACCAACUACCGAGUAUCCGUCGAUAGAUUCAAGCAAAAGCUUCAAUAUGUGCCAGUCGCAAGAGACCUUACCGCAUGCAUAGAUGCGACACGAGUUGCCGACUUUGUCGUAUUCGUACUAUCGUCGGAAACCGAGGUUGAUCCCCUAGGCGAACUCAUCAUCCGAAGCAUCGAGAAUCAGGGAAUGUCUACAUUAUUCACGGUCGUCCAGAACCUAGACAAAAUUCAGCCCGCGAAAGCCCGACCGGAUGUUGUCAAGUCACUCGUCUCAUUUAUGACACAUUUCCAUCCAGGACAAGAAAAGAUAUACAGCCUCGACUCAAGACAAGAGUGCUCAAAUCUCAUGCGAUCCCUUUGCAGCACGACACCUAAGGGGAUCAAUUGGAGAGAUCAACGAUCAUGGAUGCUUGUCGACGAGAUCCAGUGGCCAUCAACCGAAGAGGAAUCGACAGUAUUGACUGGUGUCAUCCGAGGAAGAGGCCUUAAGGCCGAUCGUCUAGUUCAUGUAGGAGACUGGGGUACAUUCCAAAUCGAGAAGAUCACAGCCGCGCCGCUCACGACCCGGAAACGAAAGGAUGAUGGGAUGGCUGUAGAUGCGACAGAACCGGAGAACAUUUUGGAGACUCCAGACGAGGAUCAAGACGACCUUACCGAUUUAGCCCCGGAAGAAGCGCCGGUGGAGGAUUUGGAAAUGGAGGGAGAUGUGAAAGAACCUACAAGCAAAAAGGGCGUAUUGCUAGACGAUCAUCACUAUUUCUCAGAGGAUGAGCCGGAGGCAUACGUCCAGCCAAAGAAACUUCCAAAAGGAACAUCAAACUAUCAAGCCGCGUGGUUCUUGGAUGAUGUAUCAGAUUCAGAAUCCGAGCUUGACGAUCAAGAGAUGGAAGAUGUGCAGGGUGAAAGUGUUCCGGCUGCUCCGGAGGACGGCAUGGAAGGCGUAGCUCAAAACGAACCUACUGAGGCUGCCAUGUCAGAAUAUCCUCAGUCGGAGAUGUUCGUUGAGCCAAAUGAGGAUGACGAUGCGGCACAACUAGAAGCAUAUCGGGCGAGGAGACGUGACGAGGCGGAAGACGACAAAGAGUUCCCAGACGAGAUCGAAUUACAUCCGAAUGUUCAGGCUAGGGAACGUCUAGCAAAAUACCGAGGUUUGAAGAGCUUACGAACAAGUCCUUGGAAUACAGAGGAAGAUCGACCGUAUCAACCAGAAGAAUGGUCAAGGUUAUUACAAAUUUCCGAUUACCAGUCCUCGCGAAACCGUUCAAUACGAGAGGCUCUAGUUGGUGGAGUGGCCCCCGGAACUAGGGUUCACGUUCAUCUUCGAGGUGUUCCUAAGGAAUUAGAAAAGACAUAUACUCCUUCGCAACCAAUUACCCUCUUCUCCCUAUUACGACACGAAAACAAGAAAACAUCAUUAAACUUUGAUGUUACUCAUAAAGAGGACUAUGAGAAAUCAAUUAAGGCCAAGGAGGAGCUUAUCGUUCAAUGUGGCCCACGGCGAUUCGUCAUUAAUCCCCUGUUUUCGCUCCCUGGCAGUACUGAGAACGAUGUCCACAAGCACUGCAGAUACCUUCACCCCGGUCAGUCUGCAAUUGCAACAUUCAUGGGUCCCAUAACUUGGGGGUCCGUGCCGACAUUAUUCUUCAAGCGCACAAGCUCUGAAGAAACCGGGGUGCCAUUACAAUUAGUGGCCACAGGAACCGCACGAGCACCUUCAACGUCAAGGGUCAUUGCGAAGCGCGUUAUCCUAACUGGUCACCCUUACCAUAUCCACAAGAAGGUCGUUACGAUCCGAUACAUGUUCUUCAACCGAGAGGAUGUAGAAUGGUUUAAGGCAUUGCCGUUAUGGACGAAGAGAGGACGAAGUGGAUAUAUCAAAGAGACUCUUGGUACCCACGGGUACUUCAAGGCCAACUUUGACGGAAGAAUCAACCCACAGGAUGCGGUUGGCGUUAGUUUAUACAAGCGAGUAUGGCCGCGGGAUGCCAUCCCCUUUACUGGCCCUCUUUUGGUAGAAGGGGCUUCGGAAGUGCAAAACGAGGCUAUGGACGAGGAUAUUCUAUAGACAUUAAAUGAUGGGUAAAAGGCGUUAGAACUCUGGUUUGUAGUCAAUCACUUGAGGGUCAUCGCAAGAAGCAUCACCCACGGCUAUCAGGGCCA